GAGUUACUUUGCACUCGCGAGCUGUGAACAUAUUUAUUUACGCGCGCUUAAGUCGUCAGGGUUGUCGUCGUCGUCUUCUCCGAUUUUCGCAAAAACCGUGGAUUGUAAAGCCCGCGAACGUAACACGAUUUAAAGUCAGGCCGGAGACAAAAAUACGAUGUACAUCAUGUUGGAACCCAAUUUUUUUAACGCCGUGUUAAUACUUUUUGUGAUUUUGAUAUCGUACGUGACAUGGUUGCGACUUCGGAAGCCGCUGGAAUAUCGGCGGAUCUCGUCACAUGUGCCGUCCAUUACGAAAAAUCUUUGGAGCGAGAUACUGUUUUCGUGCACCAUGGCGAUGAAACAUCCUAAAGAUUUAUUGCCGUUUUUCAAGGAAAUAAUUCAAAACAACGGUCCAGUAGUUCAUUUUAAUAUCAGUGGACGGUCAUAUGUAAUAAUAAAUGACCCAGAUGACAUAAAGGUUCUGUUAUCCAGUACAGCAUACAUCAAAAAGGGUCCUGAAUAUGAAAUGUUGAAACCAUGGCUGAACGAUGGACUUUUGUUAAGCUCAGGUUUAAAAUGGCAAAACCGUCGGAAGCUCCUAACCAAUACUUUUCACUUUAAGACAUUAGAUAUGUACAAUCCUGCCGUCAAUAAACAUGCAAAAGUAUUUGUAAAAAAGCUUUUGGAUGCGUGUACGGACAAUAAAGAAAUUUUCAUCACAGAAUACGUGACGUUAUGUUCUUUAGACAUAAUCUGUGAAACCAUUAUGGGUACUGAAAUGAAUGCUCAAAAAGGAAAAUCGACUCAAUACGUAUAUUCUAUUAAAAGUGCUUGCAAAUCAGUGAUUGAUCGAAUUUUCAAAUUUUGGCUAUGGAAUGAUUUGGUGUAUAGAAUAAGCGAAAGUGGUCGAUCGUUUUUUAAAUCAAUUAAAGUGCUACAUGAAUUUACGAAUAAUAUCAUCAAAUAUAAACAGUCAAAAAACUAUGAAAAUCAAAAAGUGCAGCCUAAAAGCAAACCUGAAAAAAAUCAAGCAAAAUCAUUUUUAGAUUUACUUCUUAACGUUUUAAACGAAAAUCCCGAUCAAAUAACUAUCAAAGAUAUACAAGAAGAAGUAGAUACAUUUCUUUUUGAGGGACACGACACAUCUUCCAUAUCGAUGAUAAUGACCAUUUUAUUGUUGGGUAUGCACCAAGAUAUCCAAGAUAAUGCUAGGGAAGAGCUAUAUAAUAUAUUUGGCGACUCUGACAGAGACGCUACAAUGGAAGACUUAAACGCCAUGAGAUAUUUAGACGCAGUCAUUAAAGAAUCACUCCGAUUAUAUCCAAGUGUACCGAGUUUUACCAGAGAAUUGAAUACAACUUUACAGCUCAAAAACUAUAGCAUCCCUCCAAUGACAACAAUGGUAAUAGUUCCCUACAUUUUACACCGAAAUGAAGAUAUUUAUCCAAAACCUGACGACUUCAUUCCUGAAAGGUUUUUUGAUGAAGAAAAUAAAUCAAAAUUUAUAUUUGGAUACAUACCGUUUAGCGCAGGCGCAAGAAAUUGUAUUGGACAAAAGUAUGCCAUGAAUCAAAUGAAAACAGUAAUAUCAACAAUAUUAAGAAAUGCGAAAAUUGUAUCUUCGGGAUGCAAAGAAGACAUUAAAAUUAGUAUGCAAUUACUUAUCAGAAUAGAGUCGAUCCCAAAAGUAACAUUUCACAAACUAUAGUUAAUUGUAAUUUAUAUAAUAUUAUAUAAUUAGAAAUAAUUUGAAAUUUUUUUUUUUUUGAUAAAUAAAC